CUUCAACCCCGGGACAUUUAAAUUGCGCCUUGCUAGCGACGACCACUCCCUAGGAUAAGGCCUGGAGGAAUUCAUUUAUGUGGGAAGAUGUUUUAAAUGGGUUGUGUUUUUUUCCCUUGCUUCUUUCUCGUGCCGUUACGUGGACCAUUCCUUAUUUUUGCUAGCCUUUCCCUAUAGAUGGAACAUUUGCAGCCAGGGUGGCAGAUGUUGCGGCAAGACAGAAUCUGCUUCCCCAGAAAGAAGGUGUGUGAAGAGUCCUUAUCCUCCAGGAUAGAGAUGAUGAGUGUGGGAGUCAGUACAGAGCCCUGCCAUGCCAGGUGGGAGCUAGAGACAGAUGCAACUGUCCUACAGCGGCGGCAAAAGCAGAUAGAUUAUGGCAAGCGCACACCUGGUUACCAGUGCUUUCUGCAGCAGGUCCCCAAGGCACAGCGACAACCAGGACUUCACCCUCAAACACCAAACAAGAACAGGAGGUACAGCCGUCGCUCCUGGGAUGCCCAGAUCAGGAAGUGGAGAAGAGCCCUACAUUCCUGGGACCCUCCCAGCCAGCCUCUGCAGGUUGAGGGGUGUGGAAUGGACAAUCUCUUAGAGCCAACGGAUUCCACCCCUUUGGAUGACUGGGUCCAGGCCCUGGAACCCUCAGAGAAUCAGGAUGAAGACUAGGAGGGAGCCCAGUUUGCAGAUUUGGUCGCUCCUGCCUUCUCUGUCUUUCUGAGGAAGAUUCCCACCACUGGCUCUACCUUUGAGCUGGUCACAAUUACUUAUCUGUCCCAGACUUCAGCGGUGCAUAAAAUAUUUAGGGAAAACGUGUCUUUUAGGGGACUUCUUGCUGA